CCCCAUUCUUUUCUUCUUCUUCGAACUCUCUCUUUCAGCUUCAAAAAUGAAACCCAUCCCAAACCCUAAUCUUCCAACUUAAAUCUCUUCUAAAACCCUAUAUAAAAAUGGGUUCUUUAAUCCGAGCUUCAAGGUCUCGUAAACAAUCAAAUUACUUGUACAUUCUAUCGGAAUCCAAUACAUUUAACCCAAUAUUAGGUAGAUUGAAUUGGUUGCCUUCAAGUUUAAGUCGUGAGUUUUGUUCACAUUCUCGUCAAAAGGAUAAUAGUAUUGCUGAUUUGAGUCAAUACCCAACUGAAAGGAUCCGAAAUUUCUCAAUCAUUGCUCAUGUUGAUCAUGGAAAAUCUACUCUUGCUGAUAGACUUUUGGAGCUUACAGGGACUAUUAAGCGGGGGCUUGGUCAGCCUCAGUACCUGGAUAAGUUGCAGGUAGAAAGAGAAAGAGGUAUCACAGUUAAAGCACAGACAGCAACUAUGUUCUAUCGGCACAACUUAGGUGCUCCUGAUGUUGAUAAUACACAAGAGGCACCAAGUUAUUUACUGAAUCUUAUUGACACACCUGGUCAUGUAGAUUUUAGUUAUGAAGUAUCACGGUCUCUUGCUGCUUGUCAGGGUGCUCUAUUGGUUGUUGAUGCUGCACAAGGUGUUCAGGCACAGACAGUUGCUAACUUCUAUCUAGCUUUUGAAUCUAACCUUUCAAUAAUCCCUGUCAUUAAUAAAAUUGACCAGCCAACUGCUGAUCCACAACGUGUUAAGGAUCAGCUGAAGUCCAUGUUUGAUCUGGAUCCAGCCGAUGCUCUUUUAACUUCUGCCAAGACUGGUCUGGGCCUUGAGCAUGUCCUUCCUGCUGUCAUAGAGCGGAUACCUCCUCCUCCUGGAAUUAGUACUUCGAAUUUGCGGAUGCUUUUGUUGGACUCUUAUUACGAUGAGUACAAAGGAGUUAUUUGCCAUGUUGCCGUUGUUGAUGGUGCAUUGCGCAAGGGGGAUAAGAUUUCAUCAGCUGCAACUGGUCAAUCUUAUGAUGUUUUGGAUGUUGGGUUUAUGAAUCCAGAACUUAAAUCUACUGGAAUGCUUUUUACUGGACAAGUCGGAUAUGUAGUUAGUGGUAUGCGCUCGACCAAAGAGGCACGUAUUGGAGACACUCUUUUUCUUGCUCGUAGCGUUGUAGAGCCUCUUCCAGGUUUCAAGCCUGUGCAGCACAUGGUGUUUUCUGGGCUUUAUCCAGCUGAUGGAUCUGAUUUUGAGGCUCUGAACAGUGCAAUAGAGAGACUCACAUGUAAUGAUGCAAGUGUCUCUGUUACCAAAGAAAGUAGCACUGCACUUGGCUUGGGUUUCAGGUGUGGGUUCUUAGGUUUACUCCACAUGGAUGUUUUUCAUCAGCGUCUGGAACAGGAGCAUGGAGCUAGUAUAAUUUCUACCAUCCCAACUGUACCAUAUAUUUUUGAGUUUACAGAUGGAAGCAAGAUGAAAGUUCAGAAUCCGGCGGCAUUAACUGCGGAUGCUGGAAAACGCGUAACAAAAUGUUGGGAACCAACUGUUUCCGCUACCAUUAUUAUUCCUAGUGAGUAUGUGGGUGCUGUUAUUACCCUUUGCUCUGAUAGGAGAGGGGAACAAUUGGAGUACACAUUUAUCGAUAGUCAACGUGUCCUUUUGAAGUAUCGUCUGCCAUUGAGGGAAAUUGUCGUGGAUUUCUACAACGAGUUGAAGAGUAUAACAUCUGGAUAUGCAUCAUUUGAUUAUGAAGAUGCAGAUUAUCAAACCUCUGAUUUGGUGAAGCUUGAUAUCCUCUUAAAUGGGCUACCAGUUGACGCCAUGGCAACUAUAGUUCACAAUUUAAAGGCACAACGGGUUGGUCGUGAGCUGGUAGAUAAGCUGAAGAAAUUCAUCGACAGGCAAAUGUUUGAGAUAAUAGUACAAGCUGCUAUUGGAUCAAAGAUCGUUGCACGAGAAACUUGUGGGCGUUUUGUUAUUUCAGGAUUUCAGCAAUGAGGAAAAAUGUUAUAGCAAAAUGCUAUGGUGGAGACAUCACCCGGAAAAAGAAACUUUUGGAGAAGCAGAAAGAAGGGAAAAAGCGAAUGAAACGUGUCGGUUCUGUUGAUAUACCUCAGGAAGCCUUUCACGAGCUAUUGAAGGUCGGUUGAUAUACCUCAAAAACCUCCCACAAGCUAUUGCAGAUUGGUUGAUAUACCUCAGGAAGCCUUCCUUGAGCUGUUUUGGAGAUAGGCCAAGGUAGAGCAUUUCCCUUGAAAGAUAUAAAUUUUGACAGAAUUGAACUGUUGAUGUAAGAAUUAAAAUGCUUCAUAAAUAGUCCGAUUUUGGGCACACUCGCUAGCCUGAUAGUGAGAUCUUAAAUGAAACUUCAAAUUAACACUGCAUUUUGUGCAAAAUGAGUAAUAAACACAUGAAAUUAACAAAGUAAUUAAUUUUUUUUUGUUUA